AUGAGCAGUGAGACCGUGGUCAAGGCCAGUUUUGGUCGUUGCUUAAUAGCUGAAACAAUAUUAGGUUAUAUAUGGUGGACUUUUCUACAAGGUAUAUCACCUACCAUUUGGCUCUAUCCGUUAGAAGUAUUGGGUAUUAGUGGUUAUGAAGCAUUUGCUGUAUGUUUAUUCUCGCCUAUUCUUGUUGGUUUGGGCCCAAUUCGACGUCUUGUACACUCUCUGAAUGGCUUAAUGGUGCUACGAUUAAUGAUGAUAUUAGCACUGACAUCAUAUGAAGCACCAACAACACUGUCACGUUUGAUUGCUUUCUCCAUCGGUACUGGAAUUGCUAUGCUUGCAAGUUGUGGAUCAUUCUACGCGCAAUCAGCUAUUGAUAGAUCUGCAGCCUUUUGGGGUAAAGUAUUAGGAUUUCUAGCCUUGCAUGCUUCACGCGUCUAUUUUAAAUCACUCAUUCCAGCUUUGGCUUAUACAUCAGCAAGAAAUGUUAUUAUUGCCUUAGGAAUUAUAGCUACCCUCGAUCGACGAUCAACAAUGACUGUAAAUCCCCCUGUCGACCAUACGUUAAAGCACUCGAGAAAACCAUUUUGGCCAUUAGUCUCUCUUGGCUAUGGAUCAUUACUAUAUUUGAUACAUUGGAUCUUUAGUGAAGCAUCCCUAGUUGCGCGAUGGGGUGUACGUCCGUAUCCGGAUCAUGGACCGCAGCCGUACCCAUGGGGGGCUUUGGUACUUUUGGCCUUAACCAUUGGUGUCCUCCUCUCAACAAAGUUCACUCCCGUAACUUCACCUUCCUUUGCUUGGUUUGGUAUCACCUUGCUAUGGUGGCUUGUAGGUUGUGCUGCUUUUACCGGACUAUAUCUGACCUAUACCUAUGUUGCCUUUGGUGCUGGACUACUUCUUGGAGUUUUUGCCUUUUCUAUUUGGCCAUACCUAUUUGAUUUAUUAACUCUGUGCCCACCAGCUCGGACAUAUGGAUUAUCUCUGGUUACAUAUCUAUGUUUUGUUCUAUACACAGUUUGGACUAUUGCUUUUAACUUUGUUCCAGGAGGUGAAUAUACCAGAGAAACUUACCAUUACAAAAUCAUUGCUAUUCUGGUCUGCAUUGGUUUAACGAUAAUCCAUUACAAAUAUCCUCAAGCCUCAUCAUCAUUGCUAGAAAAGAGUGGAAAUAGCUACAGCUGUACAGCUUUUCCAAGUCUUGUUGGAAACGAUGGCAAACGAUCUCCCUGGACAUCCUUUAAUAAGAACGUUCACAAAGGCCUUUUUCUAAUCCUCAUCGCCUCUCUAAUUGGUUUCGGAGCUAGGUAUAACCCAACCGCCUACGAAAGACCUUCAUUAAAUGAGCCAAAAAGAUUUACGGCUAUGAUAUGGAAUAUACGUUAUGGAUUCGACAAUAAUGGUUGGCAAAGCUUUGACAGAAUUGUUGACAUGAUUAAUAAUACAGGAUCCGACUUUGUUGGUUUAAUGGAAUGUGAUUGCGCCCGACCAUUUGUUGGAAAUAACGACCUAGGGGUAUUCUUAGGGGAAAAGUUAGGGAUGUAUGUGGACUAUGGUCCAGCAACUCGAGAUCAUACAUGGGGCUCGAUGCUGUUAUCAAAGUAUCCAAUUGUUAAUUCUGAACAUUUUCUAUUACCAUCACCUCAAGGUGAAUUAGCGCCAGCUUUAAGAUCGACUGUGAAUAUUUCUGGCGAUCUCGUCGAUAUUGUUGUAACUCAUAUGGGGAAUGAUGGUAAAUUGCCUGUCGUAUUUCUUGGUUAUGUAACAUCAGCGCCAUUCAAUCGCGAUUAUCAACAACUAACCAGGGUUGGAAGGAUGAAAGAUAUUGACUCGACAGACAAUGAUAGAUGGUGCUUAUAUAUUCUUUAUCGAGAUUUGAUAAGGCUGGGUUACGCCCGCAUUUCCAGGGGUAUUAUUAGUGAUACCGAAGUACAAACUGCCAAAUUUGAAAUACCAUCUUCCGCUAAUUAUGAAGACAAUAGUGAAACUACUCAUGAUUGCAAGAAAGUUCCAAUUGAUGCUAGAUAUCCUACUAGAUUUGGUGAAGUCUUUCACGGUCAUUAUUCUGGUAUGGAUCAUCACUACCAUAUGUCAACGCCAAAGUAUUUCUUUAGAAGAGGCAAAAAAUAA